UUUUUUGCCUCCACGUUUGGAGCAAAUUCCUCAUUCAUAUGUAAUGACUAAUGUAGUCCUCUACAUUUAAAUUUAAGUAUCCCUAAAUAUUAAUGAUAAAAAGAGAGUAGAAAUUUGGGGCUUUUUGGCUUACUUAAAAGUAACUUUAAUUCAUUCUUUUUAACACUAUUUAGUGAAUAUAUAUACAGUGUGCUUCAUUCUGUGGAAUAUAAGAUGAAAGAGUUACAACCCCUGCCCUCGAAGAAUUUACCGUGUUUAUGCAGGGGGUGUUAGGUGUGUAACAAAAAAGGGGCUGAGUUUCUGAGGGAGUCUCUGGGUGAAGAGGUCACUGAAGGGGCAAUUUUAGAUGUCCCCAAAGCCAGUGGGGAUGGGAGAGCAGAUCUUGGGCUGCUUAUGCACGAGGCCUGACAGGUCGUGGGGACCAGCUAGAAAGGAAAGGGAAGAGGUUUCUGGUGUAGGAGACCUGUUGGUUGUCAGCACACCAAACUAAAUAGGAAAUACGUGAAGACAAGCAGCAAUGGGGUUAGGGGCGAGAAGGUGUGGAUCAUACCUGCAGUCCUGGACAUGUGGGAUUUCCUGUGAUGGAAGUCUUCAUUGGGCACCUGAGAGGCUGGAGGUCCUCGGAGAAGUCCAAGCAGAGAUUCGGAUUUCAGAGUCACUGUUCAUUGGUAAAUGAAAGCCACAGGAACUCAUACACAAAGCAGAGAAAGCUGCCACGUGCUGAGCUCUAUAGCAGAUGCUGGAGCAAUAAAGAUAAGCCCACGCGAUGGAGGGACUACAGCAUUAUAUCAACCCAGCACAUGCCAUCUCUCUCCUGAGCUCACUCAACGAGGAGCGCCUCAAAGGACAGUUGUGUGACGUGCUUCUGAUUGUUGGAGACCAGAAAUUUCGAGCUCACAAAAAUGUCUUGGCUGCUAGCAGUGAAUAUUUUCAUAGUUUAUUCACAAAUAAGGAGAAUGAAUUGCAAACUGUAUUCCAGCUUGACUUUUGUGAACCAGAUGCUUUUGAUAACGUUUUGAACUACAUUUAUUCCUCAUCUUUGUUUGUCGAAAAAGGCAGCCUUGCUGCUGUGCAAGAACUAGGCUAUAGUCUCGGGAUUUCCUUUCUGACCAACAUCGUUUCUAAAACACCUCAAGGACCCUUUCCAAUGUGUCCCAACAGAAAAAGAAUAUUUGUAGAACAUGAUGAAAACAGUUCUCAAAAGAGAAGUGUCAUUGUCUGUCAAAGCAGGAACGAGGCACAAGGGAAAGCCGUUAGUCAAACUCCACCCGAAAUAAGCCAUACUCCCCAGCCCUCCCCAAACAUUGCGGUCAAGGCCAAUGCCAGUAAGCCACAGGUUUCCAAACCAGUCGAGCCACUUCACGAUAUGUCAUUGACUGAAAAGAGUUGGCCAAAAGAUGGUUCUGUGGGAUACACAAAGUCUCUUGAGUGUGCUGGAUCUUUGGAUGAUGCUAACAGAAGCAGCCUGGCGAAAAGGAAUGCAGUCCUGUCUUCCGCCCCUCUGCAAGACAGAGAGGCCGUGGAUGACAAACCAGGUGGAGGCAGUCAGCUGCCCAAAGGAAAAGCUAUCGAGCUGGCUCUGAAAAGGCCCCGGCCACCUGUUCUGUCUCUUCGAAGCUCAUCAGAGACUCCCUAUCUAUUGAAAGAAACCAACAGAGGAAAUGGCCCGGGCGAGGACAGAAACUUGUUGUACUAUUCCAAGUUGGGCUUGGUGAUCCCGUCCAGUGGGCCUGCUUCUGCAAACCAAACCAUUGACAGAAGCGGCCCGCUUGUGAAGAGUCUCCUGCGACGGUCACUGUCGAUGGACAGCCAGGUUCCCGUCUACUCGCCCUCAAUAGAUUUGAAAUCUUCCCAGGGGUCGUCUGCAGUGCCAAGCGAUGCACCGGGGAAUGUGUUUUGCGCUUUACCUCAAAAGUCAUCUUUAAAAGAGGGGAGUGAAAAGCCAAGCCCAGAUGAUGGGACUCCUGCUGCCCAGCCCCACCGCCUCCGGUCCUUCAGUGCUUCUCAGCCCACAGAGAGGGAGGGCGCACCCCCUGCUGCUGAGGUCCGAGUCAAGACGGAGCCCCGCAGCCCAUCCGCGGAUCCCUCCGACAUCAUCCGGGUCACUGUGGGAGAUGCCGCCGCCACCGCCACCACCGCGGCAUCCGGCUCGAGAGACCCUCCUCUGAAAACAGAAGACGACCAGAAAGACAUGAGCCGACUCCCGGCGAAAAGGAGGUUUCAGGCGGACCGCAGGCUGCCCUUGAAGAAGUUAAAGGUGGACGAGCACGGCUCCCUGGUGUCAGAGGAUAACCUCGAGGAAGGCUCAAGCCCCACACUCAAAGCAGACUUCCCAGAUUCGGACUUGAGCAAAGAUGAAUUUGGUGAGUUGGAGGGAACAAGACCAAACAAAAAAUUUAAAUGCAAACAUUGCCUUAAGAUCUUUAGAUCAACAGCAGGUCUUCACCGGCACAUUAACAUGUACCACAACCCAGAAAAGCCCUACGCCUGUGACAUCUGUCACAAGCGGUUUCACACAAACUUCAAGGUGUGGACCCACUGUCAGACCCAGCACGGCAUAGUGAAGAACCCGUCACCGGCCUCUAGUUCACAUGCCGUCCUGGACGAAAAGUUCCAAAGAAAGCUGAUUGACAUAGUGAGGGAGAGGGAGAUUAAGAAGGCCCUGAUCAUUAAGUUGAGGCGCAGCAAGCCCGGUUUUCAGGGGCAGAGUAGUUCCCCGGCUCAAGUCAUCAAGAGGAACUUGAGGUCGCGAGCCAAAGGCGUGUACAUUUGUACUUACUGUGGAAAGGCCUAUCGCUUUCUCUCUCAGUUCAAACAGCACAUAAAGAUGCACCCCGGAGAGAAGCCUCUCGGAGGACACAAGGUCGCUAAGCCGAAAGCUCUGGCUCCUGACGGUCCGGUAGCGAGCAAGGAGGUUUUCCAGUGCCGCCUCUGUAACGCUAAGCUCUCUUCUCUCCUAGAGCAAGGCAGCCACGAGCGACUGUGCCGGAACGCCACCGUGUGCCCCUACUGCAGCCUUAGGUUCUUUUCGCCCGAGCUCAAGCACGAGCACGAGAGCAAGUGUGAGUACAAGAAGCUGACGUGCCUCGAGUGCAUGCGCACCUUCAAGUCCUCCUUCAGCAUCUGGCGGCACCAGGUGGAAGUGCACAAUCAGAACACCAUGGCCCCCGCCGAAAACUUCUCCUUGCCCGUCCAGGACCACAACGGGGAAGUCAGCAGCUCCUCCAAGCCCCAGGCCCAGCCCGAGCCUCAGAAAGCAAACCACGUGGUCACCCCGAAAGACGACAACGCGUUCAGCGACUGCUCGGAGCAGGUCAACUUCGACUCGGAAGACUCCUCCUGUCUUCCCGAAGACCUCAGCGUUUCGAAGCAGCUGAAGAUCCACGUCAAAGAGGAGCCCGCGGAGGAAGCCGAGGAGGUGGCGCCCGAGGCCAGCACCGCUCCCAAAGAAGCAGCUUCCGGUAAGGACCCGGGCCUGUGGCCCUGUGAGAAGUGCGGCAAGACGUUCACCUCGCACAGGCAGCUGGAGCGGCACCAGGAGCUCCUGUGUUCCGUGAAACCGUUCAUCUGCCACGUCUGCAACAAAGCUUUCCGCACCAAUUUCCGGCUCUGGAGUCACUUCCAGUCCCAUAUGUCUCAGGCCACAGAGGACUCAGCGCAUAAAGAAUCUGAAGCGUGCCCAGCUCCCACAAACUCUCCGUCGCCGCCACCUCUGCCCCCACCGCCGCCGCUGCCCAAGAUCCAGCCCCUGGAGCCCGACAGUCCAACGGGGCUGUCUGAAAACGCAGCCCCGGCCACGGAGAAACUGUUUGUGCCCCAAGAAUCAGACACACUUUUUUACCAUGCCCCGCCCCUCUCAGCCAUCACAUUCAAACGCCAGUUUAUGUGUAAACUCUGCCAUAGGACAUUCAAGACCGCCUUUAGUCUUUGGAGUCACGAACAAACCCAUAAUUAAAAGACCUCCCCUCUUCCCCGUAACGAAACGGGGGCGGCCUCCAGAUUUCAGCCUAAGUUGUGAAAUGUGUCAUAUAAAACAAAAAUAUUUUUUACAAAAUAAUAAUAAAGGUUGGAAAUUGUUACGCUUAAGUAUAAGUUUGAGGUAAACUAAUAUUAAUGACUAAUGUCUACCCAACUUAGGAAAACACUUAAAAAAAAUACUGUGUUUCUGGACCUUCCAGUUACAGGACAACUUGACUUCAUUAAUGUUGAAAUUGAUUGGUCUUGGUUGUUUGCAUGAUUCCUCAUCCCACAGUGUCAGUUUACUCUUUAAUUGAGGUGGUUUUGUUUUCUUACUGAUUUGCAACUAGUGAAAUACUAUUAAAGGAUUUCUGCUUUUAAUUAUAUCAGACACAUAAGUUCUAGUUAAAUCUCAGCCAUGUUCUUAAGUCCCAAAACUUACCUGGAAGAAGUGGAGUAGUUUGCAGUGUUGAUUUAGGUCUUCAGAAUACUCUAGCAAUAAAAAAAGUGAUAAACCUCAACUUUAAGAAGUUAUCCUGACACUUGAUAAAAAUAUUUGACAUUUCGUGGUCAUGUAGAACUUUUCGUAUGAAAAUUGUGAGAAAGUUAAAUCAGCAAUAGUAAUAUUUAGACUUUUAUAAAAUAAAAACUUUCUCUUGGGUCACUUGGUGGAGUUAUUGCUGGAAGACUCGGCAGAUGAAAAUACUAGCAUUUCUGGGAGGCCCCUAAGGUCAGUUUACAAAAGCUUCAGUGGGGACACGUGUUGUGUGACCAGAUUGCUGCUGUGCUGUGUCCACACCACAGUGCAAGGUCAGUCCAGCACUGAAAGGACUUAGAUGUUUGGUUUCCUCUGGCUUAUGUUGCCACAAGUUGAAAAUCUGAGUGUAUUUGGGAUGGAGAUAACGUGGCACUAAUUUUGAAAUUAAUUUUAGUAUUACAAAAAGGUCAGGACCUAUAUUUACAGUCAGCCCAGGGGCUCUGAAUCCUGAAUUACCAUUCACUUCCAGAGACAUGAAGCAGAGGGAGAAACACCACACUGCAGUCUCCACAUGCUUUUCAAAAACGAUAUUGACAAUAUACAGUUUCCUACCUCUUUGUCUUGUGAUAAAUUCUAUUAGAAUUGGUUGGAGUUGGUCGUGGUAAAGCGUCCACAUGGUGAAACCGUCUUGCUUCAAGUCACUGCUUAGCAUCUCCUACAUAGCUGUUUAAGUACUCUCAAGGACCCAACAUUUGUUUUGUUUGUUUUUUUACUUAUUUUGGCCCAUAAGGUUAGAGUUUUUUUUUUUUUUUUUCCUAUUUCAUAUGAGUUGUAAUUAAAAGCCUUUCCAUAGGUGUUAUCCAGAGUUCCAGGGGCUGUUUCAAAAGGUACAAUUUUUAUGUUACUUGUGUGGGGUCGUCAGAUAUAUAAAAGUAGAAAAAUUGGAGAAACUACAAAAACCUUUUAAGGUGAUGUGGAUUAAGACUCCCAAGUUUAUUAAUUUUUUUUUUUACAAGCUAUUCUUUCAAAAAAGAAAAAUUAACUACUGUGACUAAGAAAUAGUAUGCUGAGUACUUAAAUUUGUGCUGUAGCAGAAAAGAACUGUCCUUAUCAAACUCAUUACCCACAUUCCAGACCAAAGGUAGGAAGGACAGUCUCUUUAUUUGAAACACAAACAUUUCAAUAAAAUAUUAAUUGAUUUUUAUGGAAAUUACAUAUGAAAUUUUGCCUAUUUUUUUUUCAUUUGAAAACUCAAAAGUUCUAAAAUAUUUGAGUGGUUACUUCCUGUUUCUGUUCUUAAAUUUGAUAGUGAAAGGAAAAUAAGUUACAAUUAAUUUUAUUUUAAUUAUUAUUACCAUCUUUAUAUUUCUUAAAGAAGUCUGCAUUUUAGAGACAAAACUAAAGCAUACAAUUUAAUGUCAAACAUUAGGAUAGAUUAUUGUCCAUUGAGUUCAUUCCCUGUAUGAUGUGGUAUUUCUUACUCUGAACACCUUGGUAGCUAUCUCUUCAGUAGAAGACAGUUUCCCUUAGAGUAAUCAUUACUUAUGGCUGUUUGAAUAUCUAAUAAAUCCUUGACACACAGUAUCUUGGCAUUGUAAAUUCAGCAUCCCAGGACUUGAACAUUUAUGCCACUUUUUUGAGGUUUUUUAAAUAAAGUUGACCAGUAAAAUAUUUUUGACCUAAAUAUAGGCUCUGCGAAUCUGUUAGAUUUUAAGAAUUGCCAGUGGUUUGUCUUGUUAGUUCACAUUUUUGUCAAGGCAAGGAACGUAAGACUUCAAAUAAAAUUUUGAACCAAAAACAUUUAUAAUGCAGUUCUGGUUUUUCUAUUACUUUUUAUACUGUAUCUUAAAAGCAUUAGGCUGAAAGAGUUUAUUUUGGUGGUCAAAAAAAUAAAAUAUGCUUCCACUCGUGUAACUAUUUUAAGCGUUAAGAAGUAAAAUAAUGAAAGACAAGUUUAUUGCUUUACUCAGUAAACAGGUUUUUAAAGGAUAUCUCAGUAGGCAAAUACUUGGUGAAGAUGACUUGAUCUUUCAUUGUUGCAACUCUUUAGCAAAUAUAUUCUUGAAAAAGAUUUUUCUGAUUGUAAUUAGUUUUGAAAGUGUAGAAAGCUCGUUAUUCCUUGUAAGUAUUCAGGAUGUCUGCUUUUUUAUGCAGUUGUGGAAAGAAUGUAAGAUGUUUUAAUAUAUUCUUUGUUAAUCUGAGAACUUGUUAUUGAAUCCUUUUUUUCAUGUUGGGGUGGGAGGGAGGAACAUCAUAAAACAUGUUUUUAUUAAGGUAAGCAAUGGAGGUAACAGUGCACAUUUUUAUAGUAAUAUUUCAAGAAUAAUAGAGUGUUUACCUUUAAAACUGGUUAUGGUUCGUAUGUAUUUAUAAUUUUAUCAAAAUAUUCAGCUAAUGAUUCAACAGUGAUGUCAUGUACAUUUGUGGGGAGGUUAAGUGGUUCUUGGUUUUCUGAUCUGAACGAGUCGUAAUAGCCUUUCUUCUCUUUAAAAAUAUGCCCCAGCGCUUAAUUGGUUCUACUCUAAUCCACACACAGCACCCACUGGUGCUGAGAACACACAGACAAGAAUAAAACAUGGCCUUCCUUCCCUGGAGGCAAGGGUGUGUCAUCCACAGGCCAACUGGCCACGGGGAGGGGGAGACAGAAUUAACUCACCGGAAGUUGGCCUUGUUCCCGCUCAGUGUGGGUGUGUGUUCCAUAAUCUGGAACUCGGAAGUGAAGCUAUUUGCCUUUUCUUACUACAAAAAAUAAUUAGAUGUCAUUCAUAACAGAUUUCUUUAUAAAUUGCACUAAUUAAUAUUGGAACAUUACAUCAGUUUCUGAUGUAUCAAUGUUUUUGCAGUAAUUGUGAAAAGCAUGGGUUUAAAUAAUGCUAAUACGUUAUUUAAUAAGUUCUUUAACACUGGCCUUUUUAAGUUGUAAAGAUGGGUUUUUCCCUUGUGGCUUUAGCACUUUAAGAAGUUUGAUGUUUGUCUAAUUUUCGCCAUGUUUGUUCAGUGCUUCUCUGGCUACGGCAUUUCCACACGACCAGGAAGAAACCGAACAGUCAGUGUUUAAAUCUGGAGGAGAAAGAUGAGUUCAUGUGAGGCUUUUCAAAAAUUCCUUAUUGAGACAGUCAUUCGGGAACCAAAGUAUUUUGCUGUAAAUCUGUAAAAUAAUUGAAUUCAGUGCUCUUUGGUCAUUUGUUAGUGCUGUCCAGAUUUUCCAGUUAACAUACUUGGUUAAUAAUGAUAUUCCAAAAUGAUCAUUUCUUAUUGAUAUUAAUCCAAGACUAUUCAAAACUUUCAUUAAAUAUAUGCUUAUUGUUAAGAGAAAAACAAAUGUGGCUUAUUGUGUAUAUUUUGUUGUUAUAUCCUUAGCAGAAUAAUUCAUUUGAUUUUAUUUAGGAAUAAGCUUUUUUGGACUGAAAAUUCAUAGUCAAAUAGGAUUUCUGUGGAAUGUUAAUCCAUUGCUUAUUCGUAUCCAAAUCUGUUGUCUGUUUACUUUGCUUAAAUCUUGACUAAGAAUGAUGGGAGUAAAUAAAUUUGUACUGUAUUUUG